GCCCCUAAAUUACUUAUUCAUGCCUUUCGCCCUUUCCCUCUACCCUUGACGCAAACACACAGAAGUCGCAGGACACCACACGCCGCCACUAUCCUCUCGUCUCCAGCCACCACACACAGCCAGUCGCCGGAGCCACUCCAGCCUCCACACGGAGUCACACAACCCCUUCUCUCUUCAGAUUGAAAAAUGGAAGAAGAGAGAGAAGAAUUGAAAUCAUUCAAAGAACUUGGAAUUGUUGACGAACUGAUUGAGGCUUGUGAUAGUUUGGGCUGGAAAAAUCCUUCUAAAAUACAAGCUGAGGCCAUUCCUCAUGCUCUUGAAGGGAAGGAUUUGAUUGGGUUAGCACAAACUGGUUCUGGGAAAACUGGAGCUUUUGCUCUGCCAAUUAUUCAAGCUCUUUUGGUUGCUAAACAAGCAUUUUUUGCUUGUGUGCUUUCUCCCACUAGGGAACUUGCGAUACAGAUUGCUGAGCAGUUUGAGGCCUUGGGAUCGAGCAAUGGCUUAAGGUGUGCAGUGCUUGUUGGAGGGGUGGACCAUGUACAACAAAGCAUAACACUUGGAAAACGACCACACAUCGUUGUUGCGACACCUGGACGUCUUGUGGAUCACUUGUCUAAUACCAAGGGUUUUUCUCUUCGCACGAUUAAGUACCUGGUGUUAGAUGAGGCAGACAGGUUGCUAAACGAGGACUUUGAGAAAUCGCUUGAUGAAAUCCUUAGUGCCAUUCCCCGUGAGAGGAGAACAUACUUGUUCUCCGCUACUAUGACUAAAAAGGUGCAAAAGCUGCAGAGAGCUUGCCUAAGAAAUCCUGUAAAGAUUGAAGCAGCAUCUAAAUAUUCUACUGUUGACACCUUGAAACAACAAUAUCGUUUUGUUCCUGCUAAAUACAAGAACUGUUAUCUUGUAUACAUCUUGAUUGAAAAAUCCGCAAGUACAUCAAUGGUUUUCACCCGUACAUGUGAAGCAACCCGUCAUUUGGCUUUGAUGCUUAGGAACCUUGGGCUACGUGCAAUCCCGAUUUCCGGUCAAAUGACUCAGACAAAGAGGCUUGGUGCAUUGAACAAGUUCAAGGCUGGUGAGUGUAAUAUUCUUAUAUGCACUGAUGUAGCCAGCAGAGGACUUGAUAUUCCGUCUGUUGAUAUGGUUAUUAAUUAUGAUAUCCCCACAAACUCAAAGGAUUAUAUUCAUCGGGUUGGAAGAACUGCACGUGCGGGGCGAUCUGGGGUUGCUAUUUCGCUAGUGAACCAGUACGAGCUGGAGUGGUAUAUCCAGAUAGAAAAACUUAUUGGUAAUGCAAAAAGUUACCGGAGUUUAGUGCCCAAGAGGAGGAAGUUUUGUUACUGUUGGAACGUGUGACAGAGGCUGAACGAUUAUCUCGGAUGAAAAUGAAGGAAAUGGGAGGUCCUAAGAGAAGAAGAGGGGGUGAAGGUGAAGAGGAAGAAGUUGAAAAGUUCCAAGGGAAGGGCAAGAAGAAGUCAUCAAAUAAAAAGUCAAAACGACAAUUCGUUUAAUUUCCAACAGUUUUGUUAACUGCACGGAUUUUGUAAAUUAGUUGAAGGUUAUAAAGUUUUGACUGUGGUAGGAUGUCAUGAGACUACUGUUAUAAGGUUAGAUGGAUUUAUUAUUAUUGUAAACAAAGUCUAUGGUAUGAAGUAUGAACUUGUUUUUGUCU